AUGUGCUGUCCGCUAACACCAUCUGGUAACAACAUUCCUCCACCGCCAGUGGCUGCUCCGUACUUUGGCAAUCGUAAGGCUAAUCCAGGAGAGAUCAUAGAACGUGGCUCUUUACCUUCCGACACCAAGCCUCAAAACAGACUUUCCUCAAAACACUCUGCUGUGAAGGGUAAGUCGAAGUACACCGUUGCUGAGGUACCUAGUUUUGCAAGAAUGAUGAUGAAACCUGACAGUAGACCACCAACUUCCCCUCCGGCCGAACUCUUCAACAGUGAAAGUAAAGACAACGAAGGCGUACAAAUUGACAUUGGAAAUGCUGAUGAUCCGUUCGAUGUUGUAAACAGCUCUAAAAAGGCUCGACUUGACAGAAGUGUCUGUAUGCUGAGUUCAUCAGAAGGCCGAGUUUGCCGAGAAGACGAACCAGUGCCGAGAACGAAUUUGCAGUAUGCUUACAGCAAGAAAGAUAAGCGUUGCAAGUUGUUCUUCUAUAAAGGAUGUGGUGGUAAUGACAACAGGUUUGAGACAAAGCGACAGUGCGAAGCGUUAUGUUUGGUAAGACUUUUUAAUACUUGGUGUUUGACAGAAUAA